AUGCAGAUAGCCAGUGCGAGAUAUGUAGAAAUAGACCAUAAAAAGAAAAUAUAUUAUUUUCCCGAUGAUUUCGCAUUUGGAGUAUCAACAUUAGCAUUUCAGAUAGAAGGCGCUUGGAAUGAAGGAGACGGGACUGACAACAAUAUAAACAAAGAAGGAGUUUUAUACUACAGAACGCUUUUCAAAGAACUGAUUAAAGCCAACGUAACUCCAGUAGUCACUUUAUACCACUGGGACCUGCCAACUAUAUUUGUGGACUUGGGUGGUUGGAGCAAUCCUAUUUUAGUGGAUUACUUUGAAGAUUACGCGCGAACAUCAUUCCGACUUUUUGGUGACCUAGUAAAGUACUGGUUGACUCUGAAUGAACCUCAUCAGCAUUGUGUUAGCUCUUAUGGUGGGUCAACUAUACCGGGCCUAAAAUUACCUGGGGUGGCAUUGUAUCUUUGUACUCAUAAUAUUCUCUUAGCACAUGCUCGUGUGUACCGCAUGUAUAAAAAAGAAUUUUACGGCAAAAUUGCUUUACCUUUAGAUUGUAAUUGGAGUAUGCCAAAACAUCACCAGAGGCCAGAAGACCACGAAGCUGCUGAGCGACAUCUAGAAAUGCAUAUUAAAGCUUUAAAAGGAAGUUCCCAUUUCUUCAGCCUUAACCACUACACCACUUAUUUGAUAAGCCAACCCUCUAUUGACGACAAAUGGCAAAUACCAUCUUACGAUCAUGAUACUGGUGUGAAAGUGGAACAAGAUUUGUCAUGGUCUGUUCCAGGAGUAUCUUGGCUAUCUGUAUACGCACCAGGUAUCAGGAAAAUGAUUAAAUGGAUUACAGAGAAAUAUGGCAAUGAAAUACCAAUCAUUGUUACGGAAAACGGUGUAAGUGAUAAGGGACAAGUCGACGAUUAUGAUCGAGUUUCGUAA